AUGUCGAUCAAUUACAAAACUGUAAAUGCAGUUGUGGACGAUUUCAAGUAUAAGUGGAAACAAGGAAUAGGAGAAAAAAUGAAUUGGAAAGAAAAAUGUGAUUAUCCAUUUGAUAAUAAUAUAAGUAGAACAAAAUUGGAAGAAAAUAAUAACUCGUUAAAUUAUCACCCUUCGAAAAUUUUUCAUUUUGAAAGCAAAACUGUCAAAUUGAUGGAAUCUCCAAAUGGGGAUAACAAAAUUGAUAUGAAAGAUCAAGAGAACAAAAUAUCGAAAAUUACAUUCAAUAAUGCAAAUUUUUUAAAAACCCAAAAUAAAAGCAUUAAAAAUGAUGAUGAAGAAGAGAACUAUUUAAGGGAAGACAACACAAUUGCUCAGUUGAAAGGGAAAAAACGUGAUUUAAUAGACAGAAAUAAUGAAAAAAAUUUGAAGAGAAAAAAAAUAAAUGAAAUUAUAAAUAAAUAUAAGAAAAAUAUGACUAUAUUUCCAGACAGGAAAGUUAGUGAUGAUUCAGUUAAUUAUGAUGAAAGAAAUUCCAACAAUGAUGCACAAAAUGCCAAUUCAGAUAAUAAUUAUAUUUUGAAAGAAAAUAAUAAUGUUAAUUCGAGGGAGGUAGAAAAGUCUGUUAAUCUUCAUCUACAUGAUCAUAAAGGCUCUUGGAUUGGUAGUAAAAAGGUCCAUUUAUAUGAUAAACAUCAUGUUAGGAUAGAACAAUAUAGUAAAAAUAAUGAUAAGAACAAUUAUCAGUAUAAUAAUUUAAUGUGUCUUCAAAGGGGAAAUAAUGAAAUAAAAGAAAAUUCGACCAAGGCUAGUGUUGAACCUGGCGAAGAUAAAAAAUGUAUGUACUUGCCAGAAGAAAACAUCUCGGAAAAAAAAGUUUUCAAAAAAAAAAAUUAUGAAAAUGGUGGGAAUAGUCACAUGCAUAGUUCUCCUCGCCUCUUAGAUCAACAUAAGAAAGAGUGCUAUCAUGGGAGUUCAGAAAAAAUUAUGAAACCGAAAAAGUAUGAUAUUAAUUUAGAUUACAAAGAAAAUGUUGAUGAAGAGUGGAAUACCAACUGCAAUUUUAAGAGUUCAUCUUAUUUGAGCGAAAUUAAAAAGAAAGAAAUCGAAGGGGAAGAAGUUCCUAUCAAUCUUCGUCGAACGAAAGACGGAAAUACUUUUUUGUCUAAUUUUAAUCAAAUCAACAUGUCUUACUCCUCAGGAAUGGAAAAGAAAAAGAGCACAAUAGACACACAUGGGGAUAAUUUCUGUGGAUCCUCAGACUUUUUAAAAUGUAAGAAUAGUCAUGUUACUAAUCCAUGUGAUGACAUUGCUUCAGUGAAUUGUUAUAAAACAUCAUUUAAUGAAAAUAAAAACAAUUUUUUAAACUCUGAAAGGAUGGAAAAAACAAAUAUUCAGAGAUUUUCCAUUUUGGGAGACGCAAUUAAGAAAGGAAAAAAGGGAUCUAUAAAGGGAACAGCUGACGAAGAAUCGAUGGGGACUGUCGAAAACGAGAAACGGAAGAUAGACACGGGAAAUUUUUCCCAUCUUAGGAAAUUGUUUAACGAAACUGUGUUUAAUGAUGAAGAAAAGCAUAUGAGGGAAAAGUUCGAGAAAAUCAGACAGAUGGAAAAACUGAUCAACUUUAAUGAUGAGAUGUCUAUUCUGGGUAAGGGGAAGGAAGAGACGGAGAAGGAAGAGAAAAAGAAGGAAGAGAAAGAGAAGGAAGAGAAAAAGAAGGAAGAGAAGGAGAAGGAAGAGCAGAAGAAGGAAGAGAAGAAGAAGGAAGAGAAAAAGAAGGAAGAGCAGAAGAAGGAAGAGAAAAAGAAGGAAGAGAAAAAGAAGGAAGAGAAAGAGAAGGAAAGAAAAAAAGAAUUACAUGAUAUUAGCCCAUAUGUUGAGGAAAAGAGUAACCUGACAGGGGAUAUGGAACGUGGUGUAUGUAGUGACCGAAGCAACAAAUAUCGGAAAGAAGUAGAUGAGGAAAAGGCAAAUAAUGAAUAUGAAAUAUGUGAAACAAGUUCCCCAUUGAAUGAUAAAGAAGCUUCAAGAGAGAGUAUAAAUAAAGAGAUAACUACAAAGUGUGACAAUAAAUUAAGCUACCGUUUCGAGUCUGGAGAAACAGAUAUUCAAGGAAGUAAAGAAAAGGAUCGAAUAGAUAUGAAGAAUGCUUUACAUGUCAACAAUCAGGAUGAUGCGAAUGUAUGGACACAUGGAAAAAAAAGUGAAUACGAUUUUAUGAAUUAUGGAAAGGACGAAAAAACUCAAAUGAUCCGUUUUAGAGAACGAAACAACCCUAUUGAAGAUAAAUCAACUCUUUUGGUGAAGAAUAAAAAUAAAAAUCUUUCCCUUUAUGACAAAAUUACACAUUCUCUAUUGAGCAAAGAGGAAACAUACCACAAAAGUAAAAAUAGACAAGAAUCAGAUAUUGAAAAUUUUGAAGAAAUUUCGGAGCAUUGCAAAAAUUUUUACAAGAAUGAACACAACAAAAAGUGGGAUAAUUUGAGGAAAAAGUAUCUCAAUAUGAAAGGAAUAAAUAUAGCUUGUUCUAAUGGAGAAAAGAAGAAAGAAGAAAUAGGAUACUAUACUUUUAAAGAUGAAAAGGAAAAAAAUUUCCAGAUUACAUCUAAGAUAAGAAAAGCACAUGUAAUGGAAAAGGACAAUAUGUAUGAAUUACAAGAAGGAGGAAAAAUCAUCAUGGGAGAGGAGAUACACGUUUCAACGAAUGAAACAUUGACCAAUAUGAGUGAAGAGUCUAAAAAAAAACCAACACAAAGGAAGGAAAUGUUUGGUGAAAGAAAUGAAAUAAUGGCUAAGAAGGCGAAGUUAAAGGAUACUGAUUCGUGUGUUUAUAAGUUAAGCUAUAAUAACACGAAUUAUUCGAGAGAUGAAUUACCAAUAUGUAGGGAAAGUAUUGGAAACAACACUGGUAACUGCUGUCCCAAUCUGAAGCUCCAAAGUAAAAUUGAGACAUUUACCAUAUCCGAUGAUAAAAUAAAAGAAGAGAAAAAUUGUGGAAAAAUGGGGGUGUUCUCCCCAGGGAACACGACAAUCAUGAACGAUAUGGGUAAUAUGAACAAUAUGAACAGUAUGAACAAUAUGAACAGUAUGAACAAUAUGAACAGUAUGAACAAUAUGAACAGUAUGAACAAUAUGAAAAGUAUGAACAAUAUAGACAGUAUGAACAAUAUGAACAGUAUGAACAAUAUGAAAAGUAUGAACAGUGUAAACAAUAUGCAGAAUAGUAAAAAGACGACUGAGGAGGAGGGCAGAGGAGGGGGGAUUCAUAUCAAUGAGGAUAAUGUUUUAAAAAAGUAUAGGCAAUUUUUGAAUAAAUCAUCCGCCCUUAUAAAUCCUUAUAAAAAUGGAGAUAAAAUUAGGGAGUAUCUAAAUCAAGCACGUGAUGAAGUUGAUGAACUAAAAGGGAGAAGAAAAAACAAAACAUCAAUGAACAGCCUAAAGGAUGAGAGAAGUGUUAAUGGUAAUUUUGUUCUCUCAACAGAGUUAGUUAAAAAGAGGAAUCAUAUUUUGAAAAACACGUCAGACAGAACUUAUGUAGAAAAGUUAAAUGUCGCAAAAAAUGAUAUCAGGGAAAGAAUACAUGCAAAUAUGAAGAAAAAAGCGAGCAAUGGAAUGGAGAUGAAGAAUCCGUUAUUUUACUCUAUUAAUGCUACGAAUGAUGUGCAUAGAAAAAACAAUUUCGAAAAGCCGUUGAAUGAUUUGUACCUGUCAAAUAUAGAAAGUAUAGACGAAAUAAAAAAAAAAUAUGAAAAUGUUAUAAAACGGGUUAGAACAAACCUUGUUAAGGAGAAUAAGUACACGAAUUUGUACUCUGAGGAAAAGAGAACAAAUACCAAUGAAAAAAUAAAAGAAAAUUUGGAUAUGAUUAAGCAACAUUUUAAUGAAGAAAAAAUGAAAAUUGAUGAAGAAAAUAAAAUAAGACAUGAAAUUAACAUGAAAAGGAAAUUAUACGAAUUAAAAAUUAGGAAAGAUUUUGAGGAAAAAAUUAGAAUAAGGAGAGAAAUGAAUGAAAAAAAAGUGAUGGAAGAACGGAAUAAAGUUUACGAUGGUGGUAAGGUUGGUAACAAUUUGAAUGGGAUUCACAAGGGCACAUUUGAGGAUCAGUAUACAAACAUAGUUCAGACUAAAUAUUCAGAACAUGGAAAAGAUGCAAAAUAUGAGAAACAAAGAGACAAUGCAAAAACAAGGAAAUCUAAAGAGAAGAUGAAGAAGAGAAAUAUCUUUGAAGAUUACUCCAGCGAUGGUAGUUAUUAUAAAUACAUGUACAGAAAUUUGUACGAAGAAACAUGGAAUAAUAAAAUGAAUAGCCAGUAUUACGAUAUUUGUGAUAAUUUAUACCUACAAGAUUGCUCAGAUAAUUUUUUCCAUAAUACAAAGUCACGUUCAUCAGUUGAUAAUUCACUUUCGAACAGCUUUGACAAUGAGUUAAUUUCAUUAAGUAGAAUUAAAUUUGAUGACUUUGAUUACAAUUAUUUACAUGAACUUAACGAAUCCGUGUCCAAGCAAAAAGAUAAUUCAUAUUAUUCCUCUCAUGGGGAACAGGUGAAUAAGUUAAAAAAUGCAAAUUUAGUAAAACCUAAGGUAAUUCUAACCGACAGUGAUGUAAGCCCAAGAAAGAAAAGAGUUCGACUGAGUCGACAAACGAAUGAAGAAAGAAAAAAACAAAACAAUUUUAGAGAUUUGUCCAUCAUCAAAAGAAGGGAAGGGGAAGUGGAAGACAAAAGAGAAAUUUCACGCUAUAGUCGCAUUCCCUCUACUUCAUUUGAAUAUAAAAAAAACGACAGUGACAAUAUUUUGAGUAAGUUGCUAUUGAUGAAGCACCAAAAUCGGGUGCGUGGAGAGGAAGCCCGAGUUGAGCAAGUGAGCGAAGUGAACGAAAAAGGUGCAGGUGCAGUUGCAGAAAAUGAUGAAGAGAUGGAAGCAGGUUCAGGUGUAGAAAAUGAUGAAGAGGUGGAAGCAGGUUCAGGUGCAGAAAAUGAUGAAGAGGUGGAAGCAGGUUCAGGUGCAGAAAAUGAUGAAGAGGUGGAAGCAGGUUCAGGUGCAGAAAAUGAUGAAGAGGUGGAAGCAGGUUUAGGUGCAGAAAAUGAUGAAGAGGUGGAAGAAGUUUCAGGUACAGAAACUAAUGAAGAGGAGGAAGAAGGUGCAGAAAAUGAUGAAGAGGUGGAAGCAGGUUUAGGUGCAGAAAAUGAUGAAGAGGUGGAAGAAGUUUCAGGUACAGAAACUAAUGAAGAGGUGGAAGCAGGUGCAGAAACCGACGAAGAGGUAGAAGCAAGUGAUGGCAUCGUACCAAAUAAUGAGACUCAUUCAGAGCAUGAGAUCCAAUCGGAUCAGGAAAUUCAGUCAUAUCAGGAAAUACAACCAAGUCAAGAAAUACAACCUGGUGAAACCAUGGACAUAAUGGAAGAAAACCAAAUGGAUUUCGAUGAAGCUACUCGUCAGAAUGAAUCAUCCGAAGAUGAAAAUUCCCAUCUUGUUAAAAAGACACAUACGCGAAACGAACUAAAUUGUAUUAAUAAAUAUCAUAAUGAAUCACAUAAUGUACCAAAGAAGAGAAAGUAUGUUCCCGUACAAGAACAAGCGGCAGAUAUAAUAAAACCCAAUUUGGUCGAAAAAUAUGCUGAGAAAAACAAAAAAAACAAAGAGAAAAGUGUAAACGAAGGGGUAAAUAAAAGCAUGGAUAAGAUAGAUUUGAAUAAUUUCGAAAUGCAUAGAGAAAAUAAAACUUCUGAUAUAUCAAAAGUGAAUAAGGAGAACGAAGAGACUGAUACAAACUUGAAGUGUUCUUUAUCAUCCUCUGAUAACGGAAUUCCAAAAAUUAACAUUCUAAACAAUAAGGAAAAUUAUAUCCCACUAGAUGUUGCUCUUAAUUUUGUUAUAGACAAUGAGAAUUUAAAAAAGACUAACGUACAAAAGGAAAACAAGGGAAAUCCCCAAAAGAAAACCUUCGUGCAAUGGUUAAUGGACGAGCGAAAGAAACGAUUAAAAAACAAUUUGCCUAUCGAUAUAUAA